AUGACCACAAACACCAGCUCAGACCGGUCCUUCUUCCUCGGCAGUCACGGGCUCCACUGCUCCAUGUACCUCUUCACCUUCCUCUCGGGGCUUCCCCUGAAGCCGGAGGCCCUGGUGAUCCUCGUGGACCAGCUGCAGCACUGUCCAGCGGCCGUGCGUGUGCUCUUGCUGAACCUGACCCUAUCGCCCCGCACCCUGGUGCUCUUCCUGCCAUUCCACGCGGUGAAGGCAGCGAGCGGCACACGCUGGCCCCUGCCCUUCAUCUUUUGCCCCUUCUCCAGAUUCCUCUUCUUCGCCACCAUCUAUCUCCCGUCCCUCUUCCCGGCAGCUGUGAGCGAUGAGCGCUUCCUGAGCGUGGCCUACCCAGUUUGGUACCAGACCCGGCCAAGGCCGGGACAGGCUGGCCUGGUCAGCAGGGCCUGCUGGCUCCUGGCCGCCGCUCACUGCAGUGUGGUCGAUGUCACUGAAUUCUCGGGGCGCUCCUCCCCCACCCAGGGAUCAGCUGGUGGGACAUGCUACCUGGAAUUCCGGAAGGAUCAGCUGGCCUUUCUCCUGCCUGUCCAGCUGGAGAUGGCUGCGGUCCUUUUUGGGGUGCCCCUGCUCAUCACCAGCUACUGCUAUAGCCGCCCGGUGUGCAUACUUGGUAAGGGAGCCAGCCAGCGCCGGCGGAAGAGGGGUGGGCUCGCAGCAGCCAUGCUGCUCAACUUUCUCGUCUGCUUUGGGCCCUACAACGUGUCCCAUGCUGUGGGCUACACCCAGGGUGAAAGCCCGAAGUGGAGAACCAUGCUGCCCCUCAACACCCUGAACUCCUGUGUCGACACCCUUUACUAUUUCUCAUCAUCUGGGUUCCAAGCUGACUUCCAGGGGCUGCUGGGGAGGCUGACUGGAGCCUGUGGCCCUUGGUGGCAGGAAGGCAGCGUGACACUGAAGAGUGAAGGAGAGGGGCCGCCACAGGAGGUGUCUAACAUAUAGGGGGGCUCUGGAGCGGGUGGCCAGGGGGACUGGCCUGCAGAGCAGGUCAUCCCUGGGGCAGUUCCAAGCUCAAGUCAGGUAGCACCUUGGAGAGGCAGGCUGGGGACGGGCACUGUUUGGGUCAGAGCAGGUACCCAGCCUUAGCCCAGCUCUUGAUCUCGCCACGCUACCCUCCCUUCUCGUGCCCCAACACGCUCAGGGGGCGGUCACGGUGAGAGAGAACUCUGGAGAAUAAGGAGCUCCCCGGGGCAGCAGGCGAGCUCCUGGGCUUUGCUGAAGGUGAAGGAGGAGCUGACAGCAGCGUCCAGGGUCUGAGGGAGCUGCCCAGCGACUUGGGACAGGAGAGAGGAAGAAUCUGUCCUUUAGAACUACCGACUCAGCUGGGCAGGAAUGGGGACACAGGACUCCAGGAAUGAGGGAGCACCCUGCUGUGACAUGCGCUCUUCCAGCAAGUUUCCACUGUUCAAUAAAUUCAGACUUUCAGGGACAUUCAUGAAAAAUGACAGAAGAAAAAUUACCUGAAUAAACUUGGUAGCAAGCAAAAGAGAAUGGUUUUUUCUUAAUCUUUUUUUUUUUUUAUGGUGUGUGUGGGUGGUGUAUGUGAGUGUACCUUAGGUGGUGUUGAUGGAUGGAAGGAUAAAACACGAAGACUCUGAAGGAGAAGUGUUAAACUAUAAGAUGCCUAGUUGCUGGGAGAGGAUUUGGAUCAGAAGAAUAAAAGUAAUAGCGAACCCAUCUUAAGGGCUUAGCCUGACAUCGUCUUUAAUCUUCUCAGUAGCCGUGAGGCAGGUACUGUGACUCUUCC